AUGGCCAGGCCGUAUCCAGCGUCCUAUAAAGACCAGCUGUCCUCAAAGGAACAACCCGGCUUUCUAGCCAGUCAGCAGCUCCUGAGCCAGGCGGGCCCCAGCAACCCUCCUGGGGGGCCCCCAGCCCCUUUGGCCCCGUCCUCCCCUCCUGUGACUGCUCUGCCCCAAGAUGGAGCAGCUUCGGCCACCAGCACCAUGCCAGAGCCAGCAUCAGGAACUGCCAUCCAGGCAGGGGGUCCAGGGACCCCUCAGGGGCCGACCAGUGAGCUCGAGACUUCUCAGCCACCAGUGGAGACUCACGAGGCCCCGCUUGCCGUGCAGCCCGUUGUGGUGGGCCUAGGACCUUGCACUCCAGCUCCAGAGGCCGCCUCAACCAGGGAGGCCAGUGCCCUAGGGGAGCCCCUGCCAGCUCCUGCACCUGAGCCCAGCCCCCACAGCGGGGCCCCACAGCCCGCCUUGGGUCAGCCCACUCCUCUGCUUCCCGCCUCCAUGGGGGCUGUCAGCCUGGCCACUUCUCAGCUCCCAAGCCCACCCCUGGGACCCACCGUCCCCCCACAGCCACCCUCGGCCCUGGAGUCGGAUGGGGAAGGGCCGCCCCCCAGGGUGGGCUUUGUGGACAGCACCAUCAAGAGCCUGGACGAGAAGCUACGGACUCUGCUGUACCAGGAGCACGUGCCCACCUCCUCAGCCUCAGCCGGGACCCCUGUGGAGGUGGGCGACAGAGACUUCACGCUGGAGCCCCUGAGAGGGGACCAGCCCCGCUCCGAGGUCUGCGGGGGGGACCUGGCCCUGCCCCCAGCGCCUAAUGAGGCAGUUGCAGGGCGUGCCCAGCUGCCCCAGCCCUUGGUGGAAACGUCAGAACUGGCCCCCACUCGAGGGGCUGUGAUGGAGCAGGGCACAUCUUCGUCAAUGACAGCAGAGGCGUCUCCCAGGAGCAUGCUGGGCUAUGACAGAGAUGGAGGGCAGGUGGCCGCAGACUCCCGUGUGGUCCCCAGCGCCCCCCAGGAUGUACCUGCUUUUGUGAGACCUGCACGCAUGGAGCCCACAGACAGGGAUAGUGGAGUCGCUGGAGAAAGCUCACCAGAGCCCCCUCAAAGUGGUGUGGGCAUUUCCACAGCGGGUGGCCAGGCCAGCCACCCCCAGACACUCGGCGCUCGAGCUGCGGGGUCCCCUCGGAAACGUACAGAGCAGCAGGAUGUCAGCUCACCAGCCAAGACUGUGGGCCGCUUCUCGGUGGUCAGCACUCAGGAUGAGUGGACCCUGGCCUCCCCCCACAGCCUGAGGUACUCCGCCCCUCCCGACGUCUACCUGGACGAGGCCCCCUCCAGCCCCGAUGUGAAGCUGGCGGUGCGGCGGGCGCAGACGGCCUCCUCCAUCGAGGUCGGCGUGGGCGAGCCCGUGUCCAGCGACUCUGGGGACGAGGGCCCUCGGGCGAGACCCCCGGUGCAGAAACAGGCAUCCCUGCCGGGGAGUGGCAGCGUGGCCGGCGACUUCGUGAAGAAGGCCACCGCCUUCCUGCAGAGGCCUUCUCGGGCCGGCUCGCUGGGCCCUGAGACGCCCAGCAGGGCAGGCAUGAAGGUCCCCACGAUCAGCGUGACCUCCUUCCAUUCCCAGUCGUCCUACAUCAGCAGUGACAACGACUCGGAGCUCGAGGACGCUGACAUCAAGAAGGAGCUGCAGAGUCUGCGGGAGAAGCACCUGAAGGAGAUCUCUGAGCUGCAGAGCCAGCAGAAGCAGGAGAUCGAGGCUCUGUACCGCCGCCUGGGCAAGCCACUGCCCCCCAACGUGGGCUUCUUCCACACGGCACCCCCCACUGGCCGCCGGAGGAAAACCAGCAAGAGCAAGCUGAAGGCGGGCAAGCUGCUGAACCCCCUGGUGCGGCAGCUCAAGGUCGUGGCCUCCAGCACAGGUCACUUGGCUGACUCCAGCAGAGGCCCUCCCGCUAAGGACCCUGCCCAAGCCAGUGCGGGGCUCACUGCAGACAGCACGGGCCUGAGCGGGAAGGCAGUGCAGACCCAGCAGCCCUGCUCCGUCCGGGCCUCCCUGUCUUCGGACAUCUGCUCCGGCUUAGCCAGUGAUGGAGGCGGAGCGCGUGGCCAAGGCUGGACGGUUUCCCACCCAUCGUCUGAGAGAGUGGCCUAUAAGUCUAGUAGCAAACCUCGUGCUCGAUUCCUCAGUGGACCCGUAUCUGUGUCCAUCUGGUCUGCCCUGAAGCGUCUCUGCCUAGGCAAAGAACACAGCAGUAGGUCCUCCACCAGCAGCCUGGCCCCAGGCCCUGAGCCAGGCCCCCAGCCCGCCCUGCACGUCCAGGCGCAGGUGAACAACAGCAACAACAAGAAGGGCACCUUCACGGACGACCUGCACAAGCUGGUGGAUGAGUGGACGAGCAAGACGGUGGGGGCCGCACAGCUGAAGCCCACGCUCAACCAGCUGAAGCAGACCCAGAAGCUGCAGGACAUGGAGGCCCAGGCAGGCUGGGCUGCCCCUGGCGAGGCGCGGGCUAUGACCGCACCUCGAGCAGGAGUGGGGAUGCCACGUCUGCCCCCAGCGCCCGGCCCUCUGUCCACCACGGUCAUUCCCGGAGCCGCCCCGGCCCUGUCCGUGCCCACACCAGAUGGUGACCGCGGAACCGCCCGGAGAAACCAGGUGUGGUUUGGCCUCCAAGUCCCCCCCACCGCCUGCUGUGGGCACAGCACUCAGCCGCGAGGGGGACAGCGGGUGGGCAGCAAGACUGCUUCCUUUGCGGCUUCAGACCCUGUUCGCUCCUAGGUUGCUGUGGUCCGCGCGCCGUCUCCACACCCACUUCCUAUACUGGAGUCGGUGUUAGGACCUCGCCGUCACCCUGCAGAAGCACAGUGCCUUGAAUGCCAGCUUUCCUGUCCCCUGAUGAAAAGAUGCGUUUAAAACAAUUAUCGGAAAAGGUUUCAUUUGCAAUUGGCUUGUGCAUUGAUAAUCUUUAUUUACUGUUUUAAGUUGCAGAGAUGUGAAUGGUUUACAAAUCUGAAGCUGAAGUUCAAUCUUUGGUUUUCUGUUGUAAAUGCCUUUUUAAAACAUUGAAUUAGCUACCUUAAGUAUUGAAGAGCUUCCAGUGCUAGGCGAGCCCUGCUUUGUCCUCAGUAGAGUGCCGGUUCCCUGGGCUCAUCCAGGGGCUGAGAGACGGCAGGACGCCGGGACAGGGCACACUGGCGGAGCUGCUUGCUCAGUAGGGAAUGUCAGCUGCUGCACUGGGCCAUGAGAAAUCCGCCAGAAAACGUUAGGUGAGCAAACAUGCCCUCGGCGCCAGUGGGCUGCUGUGAGGAUAAGGUGUGUGUUGGGCAUAGAAACUCUGGCUGCCCGCCCACCCUGUGGAGACAAGCACAGCUCCUUCAGCUGGAGAGGCUGCCCUUUCUCCUGCCCACUUCCCUCCCUUCUCCGUGAUUUCCAUGGAGGCCUGUGGCUCUGCUCACCCCUAGCACGUAGACCGCUCUCCUGUCCACCACUAAGUCUGCCCUGCGGAGGGCAGGGUCAUUCUUCUCCUGGAGAUUUCAGUGGGACUCGUCCCCAGCGGGCACAACACAGCCCUUGGUGGGAGGGGAAGGCCCCAGCCUCCUCCACCUCCUGCUGGAAAGCAGACUGCUUGGGACUGCCCAGCUGUGAAUUGUAUAGUUUCUGUACUUAUUAGAACUGGGUAAAUUAUUUUGGUUCAAAUCUAUUAUUCCAUCAAUUCAGUUAGAAUUGAAUUUUCUAGGUGUUAUGCAGAAUCUUCUGCCAGGGCACGAUGCUGUCGUAAGAGAUUUCUGUUCUCUGUACUGGGCCCCCUUGCCCCGUUCCUUGAGUGAAGUGGGGGCUGCCCUCACCUGGCCCCCUUGCCUGUGAAUCCCUUCCUCGUACACGGUGGUCAGUGGCACGGAAUCCCCAAGAGACUGUAUAUCUGAAGGAGAAAAAUAAACACUUUUGCUCGAAAACA